GCUGUCCUCCCAACUACCUUCAGUUCACAAGCGCACGUGCACCUCCAACGAUCUCCUCUCAAGUCAUAGCACAAGUGUAUACAUAUUCCUCUUUUGAAAAUGGCGCCCAUUCAGAUGGAAAAGUCCUACGACGUGACAGUCUCCUCCACGCCCGCGGAAAAGUGCUCGCGGCAGGAAAGGUCAAGCAGCAGGGCGUGGGGUGUGUUCCUUCCCAUCAGUCGCAGAGGAAGCUUCUUCCAAGACGCGUUUUUCUCGGACACACACAAGGACUUUGACUCCUCCGUCAGGGAGGUGUUGGCCAGAUGGAGUGGCGACGAUUUCCAAGCGAAAGACUUCCGCCGGGAGGAUAUUAUGGACCGAUACAGACAGCUUCGAUCUCGCAACCUCAAGGAAGAGAACCAGGCUGUCACAGUCACAUCUGACAAAACAAGUCACAAGAUUGUGCUGGACGUGCAUGACUUUCUGGAAGGAGAUGUGAGAGUGAAGGUGUUGGACGAGGAGGAGCUGUUGGUGGAAGGACACGUGGAGAGGAAGGAGGAAGGAAGCCUGUCCGUCUCGUCACACUCCUUCAGACGCUACUUCUCUUUGCCUCGACACACAGACAUGGCAGCGAUCACGUCCGUCUUGUCCACAGAUGGAAUCCUCACAAUCACUGCGCCAAAAAUGAAAACGGAAACUACAAAGGAAAAUAUCAUCACUCAGACUUCCACUUUGAAUAACUGUGAGAAAGUCAGCCAAACUCGAACACAAAUGGCAUCAAACGACGAAUCGGAAACUACACAGUCAAGUCUUAGCACAGACUCAGAACGCUCGUCUUCUGCACGAAAAGAAACUUGUUCAUGCCAUUUUGGGACCAAAGGAACAGCUGAUUCCUCUAGACUUCACCGCGGUUCGAGGGACACUCUCUUGCCCAUCACUCGAAGGGGAGACUUCUUCCAGGACUCAUUCUUCUCCGGUAUACACCGCAAUUUCGACGCCUCCAUCAGGAAGGUCCUCAACGGCUGGAAUGACGCCGACCUCCAGCUGGCGGACUUCUGGGACGAGGACGACUUCCACCGCAGCGACAGACUGGGCCGCUACAGACAGCUGCGAUCGCGGAACCUGUGGAGUGACAACCAGGCCGUUACAGUCACUUCGGAUAAUAUUAGUUAUAAGAUCGUGUUGGACAUGCAUGACUUUGUGGAUGGAGAUGUGAAGGUGAAGCUGAUGGGCGAGAAGGAGCUGCUGGUGGAGGCCCUUUCGGCCGGGUCCUCGCGCACCUUCAGACGCAGCUUUUCCUUGCCUGAGUCCACUGACAUGACAUCCAUCACGCCUGUCAUGUCGUCAGAUGGCAUCCUCACAAUCACUGUGACCAAGAAGGAGACUGAAACACAACAGAAGACGACUGUCAUCCCCAUUAGCGUCAAGGAAACGCACAAUGCAGAAGUUCACAGCUCAACUUCCUCGACGACCUCGGGAGUUUCUGAGGAAGCGUCGUCUGGCCAGAGAACGUCCCACACAGCCCAACAGGAGGAACGCAAAUCCACACGAUGCCAUCAGGAGAAGAUCGACGAGAACAAGACCCAAACUGCAGCUUCCAGUAUCUCAAGCAACACCCAAAAUCAUCACAGAAGCAGUCGUCUCAGAGCGCCGAAAACUCUUGGCAGUUCGCAAGACGAUUCCUUGGCCAUCGCGAGGAGAGGAAGCUUCUUGCAAGACUCGUUCUUCUCCGACAUUCGCCGAGACUUCGACGCCUCCGUCAGGGAAAUCUUGAAGAAAUGCGACGACUCCGACCUCACGCUGACAGGCGAUGUCAGUCACAGUGACAUCCUGAGCCGCUACAGGCAGCUUCGAUCUCGAAACAUGAGGGAAGAGAACCAGGCCUUCUGCGUCUCGUCAGACAGUGCCAGCCUCAAGAUCGUGCUGGACGUGCAUGACUUCAUGCGCGGAGACGUCAAGGUGAAAGUCGUCGACGAGGAGCUGGUGGUGGAAGGGCGCGCGGAGGAGGAAGGAGGGUCGUCCGUCUCGACACGGUCCUUCAGCCGCCGCUUUUCCCUGCCUCAUCACACUGACAUGACACGCAUCACUUCUGUCAUGUCUUCGGAUGGCAUCCUCACAAUAACUACUCUUAAAACGGCAGGAGAACCACAGCAAAACACACGCGUUAACUUCUCCGCGACCGAGGAAAGGAAGGAAUCAUCAACAGCUCAAGACUCAACACCCGAAGCAGUUUCGUCCACGACGGAGAAAAAUAUCUCUGUUCACGAGAAUCUUGUUAAUGUGGAUCAGAUGGAGUUUGGGUGUGAACGAAAACACUCUUACGAGAACAAGACGAGAAAGCUGAAGAAAGAAUUCGAAUUUCCUGCUGAAUCCAAGGAAGUUUAA